AUGAAAUAUACAAAUUGGAGAACCUUUUAUUGUAUCAUAUAUUUUUUGUUAGCAUAUUCUUUCUGUGAAAAUAAAUCAUUAAUUGAUAAGGUCACAACAAAAGGAGAUUUAGAUCUUGUUAUAUUACUAGACACAGGACAUGAUAAAAAUGGAAUUACAAAUAAUUUAGGAUCAGUAUCUAGUAAUACUAAACGCUUUAAUGGCAUUCUUAAUAACAUCGUUGAACUGUCUAACAAAUUAUUAGUUGAAAAUAAUAAUCGAAACAUCAAAAUUAGUUUCAUAACAUAUGGUAAUUUACACGUGCAAACAAAAGGAAUAGUAACAAACAAUCCAACCAGCAAUGAGCCUGAAAAUAAAAAAGAUGCAUCCGUGCAAAAUGGAUCACUAAAAAAUGCUUCUGUACAAAAUGAAACUUCUUUGGUGCCCACUACAAAACUAGAGGAGUUCAUAAAAACCGUUCUAAAAACAAAAAUAGAUGAAACAAAUGAAAAUGUGAUUGAAUCAAAUCAUUUAAAGGCAUUAAAUUAUGUAGGACUAAAACAUUUUUAUAAUUCAAAUGAAAAUACAACAAAACUUAUUAUUAUGUUUAUUAAUACGGAUGGUAAUACAUAUGAUGAAGAAACAAAUUUAGAUAUAAUUAAUAAUCUAUUUGACAUUAAAAAAAUAACAUUAAAUAUUAUUACAAAAAUACAAUAUUUAUCUUAUUGUCAUUAUAUAAAUAGUUUAGGAUCAAAUACAAAUGAAUUAUUAAGAUGUAUAAUUAAAAAUUCAUAUAAUAAUAAUAAUAUGUUAGCAAAUACUUUGGUAAAAAUAUAUAAAGAUAUUCCUGUAGAUGCAGUUUGUAGUGAUUGGGAUGAUUGGACUGCAUGUACUACUACAUGUGAUGUAGGUGUUACUUAUAGACGAAGAACAACCAUAGUAAAUAUUAAGAACCCAAUAAAAGGAUUAUAUAAAAGAAAAGGAAAAAAUUGUUCACAAAAAAUGAAUUAUAUAAUAAAUGAAUGUUUUUAUAAAAGUUGUGAUAAUUCAUUAGAUGUAUGUGAUCAAGAAAUGGAUAUAACAUUACUUGUUGAUGAUUCAUCUAUUAUUUAUUCACAAAAUACAUGGCUAAAAUAUUUUAUAACUCCAAUUCGAAAAAUGAUCUCUCAAUUUAAUAUGGAUAAUAACUUAAUUAAUAUUUCAAUUUCUUCUUUUUCAAAUCAAGUAUAUAAUUGGUUUGAUUUUACAUCACCUUUAGUAUCAAACAGAAAUAAAUUAUUAACAUUUUUGACAAACUGGCGAUAUAAUUUAGGUGGGCCAACGAAGGAUAUUAUAGGUGCUUUAAAUUUUAUAAAUAAUAAUAAUAUAUUAAAUUCAAAUAUAAAUAGACAAAAUGCAAAAAAAGUUUUAAUAAUUAUUAACACUGGAGAUAUUCAUCAUAAUAAUUAUAAUGAUAUAAUUAAAAAAAUUAGUGAUAAUUAUAAUUUAGAUAUUUAUUCUAUUUGUCUUAAAAAUAAAAAUGAACAAAAUUGUUCUGCUUUAAGUAUUGAUAGUAACUAUAUUUUAGGGAACCAAAAAAAAAAAUUCUUCUACUCCUUUGAAGAUAUGGGAGGCUUUAGUGAUAACCUGACUUUGAUACAAAAAAAUAUUUGCUCAAACUCGAGUUAUGUCCAUGACUCCAAUUACAAGGAAGUGGAGGAUACCCCUAUGGAGGAAGAAGCAGGAAGGGAAGAAAAUGACAAGCUUGAAAGUGAGGCGAAGAAAACUAUUGUAAAUACUGAACUCGAAACUGUGCAUGAUCAUAAUGUAGAAAGUGACAACCUUGUAACCGUGUCAAACUCACCCAAAUUGAAAAUCAAACAAACACAUAGACCAUUUAAAAGAAAUAGCAUGAAUAAAAAAUUAAUAAAAAAUAAUGUAAUGUUAAAAUCGGUGAAUAAUUUAGAUAAAAUAGGAAAAGUCGAUGAUAUAGAUAUUAAAUAUGAUGAUUCAUUGGAUAGUCCAUUAAAAAAAUAUAAAUCCGAUUCUUUUAUUAACAAUGCAGGUAAAAAUAAUAAAAAAAAACCAAUGCAUUCAUUUGUUAAGAAAUUAUUAAAAAUAUUAUAUCGUCAAAAAAAAAAAUAUUCUAUAAAAAAAAUUAAUUUAAAUGAUAAAAAUAAAUUAAAUUUAUUUAUGAAAAAUUUAAAAGAUGAUUUAAAUAAUAAUAAUGAUGAUGAUGAAAAAAAUAGUACAAUCAUGUUUAAACAAGUAGAAGGUGAUUUUAAUAAUCUUCUUGCAGAAAUUUUGCGUAAUUCUAUUAAAAAUGAAAACACUGAUUUAAAUGAGGAAGGAGAAGAAUCUACUAGUUCAACUUAUAAUAAAAAUGGUCAACGAUCUUUAAACGAUGAAAUCGAGUCAUCACAUUCAAAUUUAUUUGAUAGUAUCGAUACAGAACCCUAUUGGGAAUCUGAAAUUAAUUUAAAAAAUUAUUUACAUUCUACUGAUAAUGAUGAGUUUAAUAAAGUGAAAAAAUCAAAAAAAUUGAUGUUCCCUUCUUUACCCACCCCAAUUAAUAAUAGUAAUGCAAAAAAUGGUCAUGCAGGUAGAAACCCUGAAAUUUCUGAUGAAGAUAAAGAAGAACCCAUGACUAGCGAUAUAAUAGAAUCGGAAGAAACUGAAAAGAAAGAUAACAUAAAUAUUUCACCAGGUCCCCAAAAAAUAACUUUUGGAAUAAAAAAAAAUGCAAAAUAUAUUUCUAAAUAUGAUAUAAUUAAAAAGUUUAGAGAUAAAGGAAAUAUAAAAAUAGACUCCAUAUCAUUUGAUCCAGAUAAAGAUAAUGAAGCGGAAAAAAAUGAAAAUAAUAAAAAUAUAGAAAAUAAGCAGGUUAUAAAUUAUGAGCAAACAAUGCCUGAAAAUAUAGCAACUUUAGAAGAUGUUGUAAAAAGUAAUAAUAAUUUUAUAAAGACCGAACAUCAAGAGAGAACCCUAUAUGAACUAAAAAGUAAAGUUGAAGAUUGGAAAAAUAAACAUUUAGAAUGGGACAUGGAUAUGAGUAAAGCAUGGAGAAAUAGUAAAGGUAUUGAAUCAUAUAUUGAGCAUGAUAACGAUGAUAAUAAUAAUCAAAAAAACAAUCGUCAUUAUGGUUAUAAAUAUGCUGCCUCUUUUUUUAUAACAAUAGUUUUAUUAUUAGCUAUAUCUGCAUAUUAUACAACAUAUAAAAAAAAUAAAAUAACUCCAGCUAAUAUCCCAGAAGAAUUCAUAGUAGGUCACCCUAAAAAAACGGAAAAUUAUGAAGACCAAACUAUAGCCAUAAAUUACAACGACAACUCUCCAUGGCAGUGA